GCCGCUGCCGUCUCUGCUCCUCUGCCGCGCCCAGGCCGCUUGCCCGCAGCCAUGAACACGCUCGGCCCCAGUGGAGCCCGACGUCCUCUAGAUUAGUACCCUUCGCCGCUCGGACUCACCUGCAGCAUGGAAUCUCCUUCCUCGAGCCAGCCCGCCGGAAUGCCACAGUCCAAAGGAAAAUCCAAGAGGAAGAAGGAUUUACGGAUAUUAUGUGUGUCCAAGCCACCUGCGCCCAACCCCACAGCCCCCCGGAACCUAGACUCUCGGACCUUCAUCACCAUUGGAGACAGGAACUUUGAGGUGGAAGCUGAUGACCUGGUAACCAUCUCGGAGCUAGGCCGUGGAGCCUAUGGGGUGGUGGAGAAAGUGCGGCAUGCCCAGAGCGGCACCAUCAUGGCUGUGAAGCGCAUUCGGGCCACCGUGAACUCGCAGGAGCAGAAGCGGCUGCUCAUGGACCUGGACAUCAACAUGCGCACGGUCGACUGCUUCUACACCGUCACCUUCUACGGGGCCCUCUUCAGAGAGGGCGAUGUAUGGAUCUGCAUGGAGCUCAUGGACACGUCCCUGGACAAGUUUUACCGGAAGGUGCUGGAGAAAAGCAUGACGAUUCCAGAAGAUAUUCUGGGGGAGAUCGCUGUGUCUAUUGUGAGGGCCUUGGAGCACCUCCAUAGCAAGCUGUCGGUGAUCCACAGAGAUGUGAAGCCCUCCAACGUGCUCAUCAAUAAGGAGGGCCACGUGAAGAUGUGCGACUUUGGCAUCAGUGGCUACUUGGUGGACUCUGUGGCUAAGACAAUGGAUGCCGGCUGCAAGCCCUACAUGGCUCCUGAGAGAAUCAACCCGGAACUGAACCAGAAGGGCUACAACGUCAAGUCUGACGUCUGGAGUCUUGGCAUCACCAUGAUCGAGAUGGCCAUCCUCCGGUUCCCUUAUGAGUCCUGGGGGACCCCGUUCCAGCAGCUGAAGCAGGUGGUAGAGGAGCCGUCCCCUCAGCUCCCAGCUGACCGUUUCUCUCCCGAGUUUGUGGACUUCACUGCACAGUGCCUGAGGAAGAACCCGGCGGAGCGCAUGAGCUACCUGGAACUGAUGGAGCAUCCCUUCUUCACCUUGCACAAAACCAAGAAGACAGACAUCGCUGCCUUCGUGAAGGAGAUCCUGGGAGAGGACGCAUAGGAGGCUGGGCCUCAGACCCCACUCCGGCCCUCCAGAGCCCCCACCCCUCUGCUGGGGCAGUGCUCACCCACACCUAUAAGCUACUGCCAUCUGGCCCUCGGCAUCCAGGAGGAACCGAGGGGCUGCCCCUGCCUGGCUCUGCAACGAGCCGCUUGUCCGAAGUGCCAAAGAACCAGACCAUCAGGGGCUCCCAGCUGGGCCCACACGGGCCCCACCAGUGCCUCACCUGCUGCUCCAAGGGCCCCGAGUCUCCAGCUGCUGAGACCCUGGACUGAGGGGCCUGGAUGCCCCUUGCAGGACGCUGCUACCCCUUGCAGAGAAGUCUGCCAGUGCCUGUUGGACAGGCUGCUGCCUGGCCUGGCGAAAUAUGUUGUAUAUUUUUUUUAAAUCUCUUGACUGAAUGGACUUUGCACACUUUGGCCCAGGGUGGCCAUACUGUGUCCUGGCCCUGGUGUGGGGGACACAGCAGGGGGAUGAGCCAUGUGAAUUCCCCCGAGACUCCCACAUGGGGAUGCCGUGAGCCGCCCAGGGCCUUCUCCAGCACUGGCCGACAGGGCUUCUGAGGGGCACGCCUGGUCACCUCAUCCUGCCUGCCACCUCUAGGGAUGUCGUGGCACCUUUUUUUUCCCUUAACUUAUCCUCUUGAUUUUUUUUUCUCUUGCUUUGUGGGUUUGGCUUGUUUUUCUUGUAUGGUUUGGAGCUGAUCACUUCUCUCCCAUCCCCUAGGGCACCAGCAGGCUGAGACUCUGCCCUCUGCUCAGGCAGGGGUCUGGGGGAGGGGCCAAGGUCUCUGCUCAGGGAGGUGCCAGGGAACCUUCCAACUCACUCUCCCUGGGGACUGGCUUGACAGAGGCUAAGGAUUUGCUUUGGUGGUGUUUGAAAAAAAAGAAAAUAUAUUUUUUUGAAGAAGAAACUGCCCAGCUGGGUCCUUUCUCUGAUGGGGUGGGGGUGGUUAUCUGGUGGUGGUUUUAAUU